GGUCACCGGUUCGCAGAUAUCGUCCCCAUAUUUCGCUCUCAUCCAGCAGCGACCACCCUCGCGGAUCUCUGCACCCACUAUAUUAAAUCAACCCACGGCAUCGCCACCGUUUACGGCCUCGUCUGCCUCGAAGGGCGCGGACAGUCCUUCAAGCCUCUCAUUCCCCAAGCACUCGGAAUCUUGUACAUCCCUGUCGGGAAGAAAGGAAAACUGCCAAACGGCACGGUCUGCGCAACCUAA